CCAAUGUCGGAGGUGUAACUGGGGUCUGGCUCUGGACAAAGGAAUAGAGCAUGGCUCAAGUGAAAGUACAGACCUCAGCACCCCUGGCUGGUCCUGGCCUCUCCCCCGGAGUUCCCCCGACGGCCAUGGCCAGCCCAGGAUCCCUGGGUCUGCAGCCCUCCGUCAACGGCACAGGCCCGGCCCCCACACCCGCCUGCCCUGCUCCUGCAGUCGGAUAUGGGGACGCCCCUGUGUCUAUCACACCGCCAGGCUCGCCCCAGGAGAACAUGGCAAACCCUAAAGAGAAAACUCCAAUGUGUUUGGUGAAUGAGUUAGCCCGUUUCAAUAGGAUCCAACCACAGUACAAGCUCCUCAAUGAGAGAGGCCCUGCACACGCUAAGAUCUUCACAGUGCAGCUGACUCUGGGGGAGCAGGUGUGGGAAGCGGAGGGCACCAGCAUUAAAAAGGCUCAACACUCCACAGCCGCCAAAGCCCUGGACGAGAGUGUCCUCCCCAGGCCUGCGCCCCGCUCCCCUAAAGUGGACAUCAACAGUAACCCAGGCAGUAUAACACCCACAGUGGAGCUGAACGGUCUGGCCAUGAAGAGAGGAGAGCCAGCUAUAUAUAGGCCUUUGGAUCCUAAGCCCAUGCCCAACUACAGAGCAAACUACAACUUCAGAGGGAUGUUCAACCAAAGGUACCAUUAUCCUGUUCCUAAGAUCUUUUAUGUGCAACUCUCAGUGGGGACUAAUGAGUUUAUUGGGGACGGACGCACCCGCCAAGCGGCACGACACAGCGCUGCCAUGAAGGCCCUGGACGCCCUGCGCAAUGAACCCAUUCCAGAACGGCCACCACAGAGCCCAGAAGAGAAAGGGGAGAUUGAAGAAGGUACCGAUGCCAGCAAAUCAGAGAUCAGCCUGGUCUACGAAAUUGCCCUCAAGAGGAAUUUGUCUGUCAACUUUGAGGUGUUGAAGGAGAGCGGCCCCCCGCACAUGAAAAGCUUCCUGACUCGCGUCUCUGUGGGGGAGUUCUCUGCCAAUGGUGAGGGAAAUAGCAAGAAGCUGUCCAAAAAGCGCGCCGCUCUGACAAUUCUGCAGGACCUGAAGAAGCUGCCCUUCAUCCCCGCCGUGGAGAAACCCAAGACGCACUACAAGAAACGCACCAAAACCAUCCUCAAGACGGGACCAGACUAUGGCCAGGGCAUGAACCCCAUCAGUCGCCUCGCCCAGAUCCAACAGGCCAAGAAGGAGAAGGAGCCCGAGUACCUGCUGCUCUCAGAGAGGGGGAUGCCCCGACGCCGGGAGUUCAUCAUGCAGGUGAAGGUGAAUAACGAGGUUGCCACGGGAACAGGGCCGAACAAGAAAGUGGCCAAGCGGAACGCGGCCGAGGCGAUGCUGCUGCAGCUGGGAUACAAGGCCUCCACAGUUCCUCAGAGCCCCACCGAGAUGGACAACAAAGGCUGGAACGGACAAAAGGCGUCCUUUACCGAAGCGACAAGUAACACACAGAAAGGUCUGCUCCACCUCAGCCCCGACGUCUACCAGGAGAUGGAGGCCAGCAGGAAGCAGGGGGGCAGCGCCUUGAGCCCUGGCAGCAACAAUGGCAACUCCGUCAACUACAUCCCAUCCAAAGACAUGGGGCCCUGCUCUGCCCCGCUGCCCCCAGGACACCCUCCGUACUACAGCGGCUCACCCUCUUCACCCAGCCCGACUGCCACCAUGGCCAGGGAGCUGCUCCUUAAUGGCCAGUCACCCACUGCUGACGCCUCGAUGCCCAUAAAAGGGAAGAACCCGGGUCUGGCCUGUGGCGUCUCGGUGCAGCCUGCACAGCAGUUGGACUACCUGGCUCGCAUCCAGGGCUUCCAGGUGCAGUACACUGAUGCGCAGAGUGGUAAGGAUUUUGUGACCUAUCUGACCCUCUCCCCUGUGCAAAUGACUUUCCACGGCACUGGGAGCACCCUCCAAGCCAGCCAUGACCAGGCUGCUCUAAGUGCCUUGAAACAGCUGUCGGAGCAGGGACUGGACCCGGUGGACGGCCCCAUCAAGGCCAGUGAACCAUGUGGGAGGGAGGACGGACAUUAAACAGACUAACUCAGGCACCACCACUCAGGUCUGCAAGGAUUCAA